ACCAAAAGUACUCAGGUCGAUGUUUUCAGAGAUUGUCGUCACGAACGACGUGGCCGAAUACGGGUCGCGAUAAACGGCGGCUGGGAACGAGAGGUACCCGUGGCAUUGAACCGUUGGGCUUCAAAAUGAGAAUGAAGAAGAAGUGUGCAGGUUGGAGUUGGAAACCCCGUUGGCUUGCAUCAGAUCCCCAUGUAAUGGUGUUGGCUCGCACGCUCGAUAAUCAGAUCGUGGAGUUGGGCAACAAUACUAGCACUGGUUUGACAAUUAGCCACUCUUUAUUGCAAGUGCAAUGGCUUGAGUUGGCUUGUGAAGACAAACGCAACAUGCGUCUAGGACUGACAGCACUACGCACGUCCAGGUAUUGAGUGGGCAGGUUGCUUAAACGAGUGCCAUCAACAUGAACUUCAACAUCACCAUAUCGUGUAUAUCUACCACCGAAUCGCUACUUCCACCUAAAUUAUGUCUGCCACGCCAUUUCAACCCAUUUCUAAAACCAAACCGAUGGCAACUACAGACCGCAAGCGGCAACGCUCUUCCAGCAGCGACGACGCGGCUCACAGCAAGCGCCCAGCCACAGGCCACAGCAGCAGUGACGCUGCAGUCCUGUCCACAGUAGACGCCGAGCUUUCCAGCAUUAACGACCUACUGCAAGAGGAGGAAACGUCCCAAAAACAAACCUGGCAGAUCGGGAAGCGUGUUAAAAAACUGUUGGAAAGCAAUGACAAAUUGCCCAUUUCCAAGCAGCUAGACGCGUAUUUCUUAUGGGGUACAGCGUUGGCUCGUUUGGCCUCGUUAAACGAGGACCCGACGCUGGCAAACGCUGCAGCGGACAAAUUCCAGCAGAUGUUGACGUUAAGUCAGGACGAGUCGGACGAAGACGCCGCAGACGCCGCUCUAGGACCCGUAGGCUUCUCUCUAUGGGGCUCGUCACUGCUCACUGUGGCCACAGAGACCCAGAGUCGAGAGGUGCUGGACCAGGCGCUAUCGAAAUUCCAGCGAGCAGUUGAAGUGGACGGAGGCACAACGUUCGAGACGAGAUUUCAAUAUGCGAAAGCACUGAAGGAAGGAGGAGAUCUAGUCGCGUUCUUGGAGGAGGACGGGGAUAAAGUUAAACAGGUCUACUAUAACAGAGCACUGCAAAUGUGUGAGAAACUGGAAGUAAUCUACGAGAACGAGUCGAUUCAAGAAGAGAAGGACGACAGUGAAGAUGACGAUCAGGUGACGGCUGAGGACUAUGCAGAGGCAAAGCUACUGGAGGCUGUACUACGUGGUCUAUUGGAGGACUCAAGCAGCGUUGACGACUUCCAUCGGACACUCGCACUGUAUCAGAAGGCUAUCUCGUUGAGUCCUGGUAGUGCUGAGGUGUUGAUGGAGAUGACCAACUAUCUGGCUGCGAGGUGCUUGACGAGUAGUAGUCUGGAAGGAAAAGUUACGGAUAAGGAGUGGAAGACGCUGUUCGAUGACCUGGAAGCAAAGUACAGGAGCUUGUUGACGGAGGCUGGCUUCGAUCUGCAAGAGUGUCAUGAGAUUUGCAAGAGGAAGGACACGAAUGACCAGGAUGAGCCCGAAGAGGAGGAAAUCGAUGAACGAGUGCCUCAUUUACUCAACACGCUCGGUAAGGGCCUCACUGCGUUUGUACGAGCCUUUCCCACGCUGGGAGAUAAUCAGAAGAAGACUCAGAAGCAGAAGAAGAAGAGAGCGACAGGUGACGCACGCUUUACUCGUGCAGUGGAGGUGCUACGCUCGGCUCAUCACUUCCACGAUAAACUUGGCGGGUAUUAUCUGGCAUGUUUGUAUGCAUCGCCACCGUUCGAAGACGAAGAGCAAUGCCGGACGUGGCUGGAGACGGCGGAUAGCUACGGAGCUCUAGAGGAUGAGUUUGACGUGGAAGAGUUUACUACCAUGCAUGACAAGACGUGGUUUAAACGCCUGGCCCAACCACCCGAGCAAAUCGAGGACAUCGAUGGAGAACAGCGUGACGAACAAGACGAGGAAUAGGCUGGCUGACAAGAUUUCUGGCUACUCGACAAGUUUUGAAUAAAUUUUCAACAUUUGAAGGUGCCAACGUGUGUGAUCUACACUUUCUCAAACAAGAUCAUUUGGUAUG